AUGGAAUCAAGAGUGUUUGUUCUGGUGCUACUGGCUAUGCAGAUUGUGAUAUCUAGGCAGAGUCCAGAUUCAGAAGGAAAGGCAGUAAAAGUUCGGAAAUCGACCUCUGAUAUUUCCAAACAUUAUCCGCCUGGCUCUGAAAGCAAAAGAUGGGAAUCCCUGCCGGGACAUCGAGAAAUACUACGAAGAAAGGUACUUAUUACGAUUAACGGAAAACCAGCGUUCAUGACCAGUUCUGCAUUAUCAGUGCUUGUUUAUUGUUUUAUUCAGCCAUCUGGACACUUAACACCACUUAGACCGGAUGACAUGGACACAGACGGAGUAGUCUCAGUUGCAGUCGGACCCCCGCCUGUAAGACCUAAAUUUGACAGAAGCAAAGCAAUACGAAGCAAAAACAUAGUUAAUAAUAAUACCCUCACUACAAGAGCACCAAGUAAUAAUGCUGUCAACUUUGUAAAGGAUAUCCUCACACAGCUGGGACGAGAGUUCCUGACACAUCAAGUGAACGAAGACUUCGUAUUUGGACAAUACAUUGGCAUUUCAAUGAAAAAUUUAACAAGUGAUUUAAAAGUAAAAAUGCAACAUGACAUUUUAGAUAUAAUAGUUAAGUAUCAGAGACUCAACAGCGGUGAGAUAACUAAAGAAGAUAUCAAGUCAAAAGAAGAGGAUAAGAAUAAAGGUCCGAAAUAUGAUCAAACGGAGAAAAAAACGACAAACCAUGAAACAGAAGAACCUUGGCCGGAUUUUUCGAACUUAGCAAAAAUAGUUGGUUAG